GAGAGUGACAAACAGAUGCACGCAAUUGUAAGUUUCAGAAUUAGGACUGUUACUCUCAAAAAAUAGCGAAACGUCACCUCCUUCAGCUAGCUUAUUGAAUUGCAGUUUAGCUCUUUGAUCACGAUCAUAUAAAGUGGAAGGUGAAAUAGAAGCUCUGUUAUUGCUUUUUUUGAUGCAGACCUGGGUUGGGUUUUCAGGUUCUUUUCAUGGGAUUGAGAUGAUGGAGGAUGGUGAUGAUGACGAUCCAUGAUCUCUCCUUCUGUCUUGACGAAUAAAACAACCAAGGAUUCUUGAAUAUGACGGUGAGAGGGAAGACAGAUAUAAAUCCAAUUCUACUGAAAGUUGGCGUGGCUUUAGUUUUUUCAGUUGCUGGAUUUCUCUUCUCUCGCCUAAGAACAAGAAGAAUGGAGCCCUCUACUACUCCACCCUCAAGCCGCCCUUCAGGUGGUAGAGAUCAAUGCGAAGAUGGUCUUCAUGUUAUAAAGGCAGCAUCUAUCCCUUGCUUCACUGUUUCGGAUGGAAAUAUUCUGGAUACUCAAGAAGAAACGUGCGUCAGUAAAGUGAUGGUUGAGAAUUCCCCAUCUGGUCUCUCUCCAAGCUGUAAAAGAAGUGGUGAAGAAGAUGAAUUCCUCUUACCUGAGUUUAAUGAUCUUGAGAAGGAGUUAGACUUUGGAGUCACUCUUGUUGGAGAUUCUUAUAAGAAAGAUGAAGAAACACCAAGAUCAAUGGUAGAAUCUCCUAAAGCACACGUAAUUCCACAAAAGGAUGACUAUGAGGAAGAGAUCCUGCGUCUCAGGAGCAAAAUUGAAAUGCUUCAGGAGAGGGAAAAAGAUCUUGAGGUUCAACUGCUUGAGUACUGUGGUCUGAGAGAGCAAGAAAAAGCUGCGAUGGAGCUCCAAAAUCGAUUGAAGAUAACCAUUACAGAGAUGAAGAUGUUAAAUCUAAAGGUUGAGACAUUGCAGUCUGAGAACCUGGCAUUGGAGGCUCAAGUGGCUAAUCAUGCUAAAGUGGAGGCUGAGCUUGAGGCUGCAAAAGCCAAAGUCCAACUGCUCCAGAAGAAACUUAGGCUCGAAGCUGAACAGAAUAGGGAACAGAUCUUAGCCCUUCAAAAAAGAGUUGCUAAGUUGCAAGAGCAAGAAAGAGAAGUUGCUGCUAGUGAUCAAGGUGUUCAAGAAAAACUGCAAAAACUAAAGGAUCUGGAGUCUGAGGCAGAAGAGUUGAGGAAAUCUAAUUUGAGAUUGCAGAUUGAAAAUUCUGAAUUGGCUCAGAGAUUGGAUUCUACUCAGAUCCUUGCGAAUUCUGUUCUGGAAAAACCUGAGGUAGAUGCUUUGAAGGAAGAAAAUGACCGUCUUAGACAACAGAAUGAGGACUUAAUGAAGGAAACUGAGCGACUACAAGCUGAUCGGUGUUUAGAUGUUGAGGAGUUGGUGUAUCUGCGGUGGAUAAAUGCCUGUCUAAGAUAUGAACUGCGGAAUUAUCAACCUCCACCUGGUAAAACGGUAGCAAGGGAUCUGAGCAAAACCUUGAGCCCUGCGUCUGAGAAGAAAGCCAAGCAGCUUAUAUUUGAAUAUGCGACUACUGAUGGCAUAGGGGAAGGAGGAGUUCCCAUGAUAGACUAUGAUUCAGAUCGGUGGUCCUUCCUCUCCCUGGCUUCUUUUCUCACAGACUCUGCAGAGUGUGAUGAUAAUUCUUCUGUUGAUGAUUCAUCUGCUGCCAAAACUAACACCUCAAGCAAGGCUAAAAUUUUCAGAAAGCUUAGACGGUUGCUACGAGGCAAACAUGGCCACGAUCAUCAUCAAGAAGGUAGCGAAUUUUCACAUUUUAGUCCCAGCAUUGUAACAGAAAAUGAUGCUGGAGCUGUAGGUCACUGGAAUGAAUUUGCAACUCCCACUUGGACAUCUAGAACUUCCUUUGAUUCGCAUGGGGCGACAAAGUUAAAGGAGAAAAAGGGGAAAAUGAGGAAUAGCAUUGAAGUAGGAGGAUCAGAGAGAUUCAUUCAUAGCAAGUUAGGUUUGGGAGAUUUAAAAAACCGACUUGGCUCUUUGCCAGAUUCCUUAGACACAGCGAAAGCCGAGUUGGUGAAGUAUGCGGAAGCUUUAAAAGGCCCUGGUGUUAGUGCCCCGGACAAGUUGCAUAAGAGAUCAGCAUCAUAUCUAUAGUUCAUUUUAACUUACAAAAGUAUAGCAGGUCCCUUUUUCAUUUUUCAAACACCUCGUCAUCAAGUGAAGAUUUUGGAUUAACAGGGUAUACAGAAGUAAAUGCUCAUGUAUCAUAUGGGCCGUUAGGAUCUAUUCAGAGGCUAACGGUCUUAUAAAUAAGAGUGUACUCUCAAUCAUGGGUUACCAUGCAUCAUUAUAUACCAAUAUUAAUCUGGGAGUUCAGAGGAAAUAAUAAGCUCCCUUUUUGAGCAUAAAA